UUAGGUUAAGAUCCAAGUCUACGACAUGUAGGCUCAAAACCAAAAGGAAAACUGGAAAAGGGUUGAGUUUGGAUUGACACAAUCAAAACCAAACCGGACUCGACACUUCCCUUAGUAGCAAGUCGCAACCAAGAAACCUUCCCGCCUGCCAUCUGGGGCUGUACUGUACUUGCCGUUGUCUAUUCAAAUUCAUAUCCUUCAUCUUCAUCUUCUACUUGCAGAGAGCGAAACCAAAGGAGAAAAAGAAAAAUGGAAGCUCUUACAAGCUCUCACCGCUGCAACUCUCUCGCCACCUUCGCUCCCAUCUCCACUAAUAGACGAACAGACCCCUUUUCUGUACUUAUGGGACUCAAGGAAGAUGCCCCUUCUCUGGCCGUCGUCGGUGUCACCGGCGCAGUAGGCCAGCAGUUUCUCAGCUUCCUCUCUAACCGCGAUUUCCCUUACCGGAGCAUUCGCUCGCCAGCAAACGAUCCGCCGGCAAAAAAAAUUCACCUUUAAUGACAAAGAAUACGUUGUGAAGAGCUAACUCCGGAAAGCUUCAAUGGUGUGGAUAUAACGCUCUUCAGUGCCGGAGGCUCUAUAAGUAAGCAGUUUGGUCCCAUUGCUGUAGAGCGCGGGUCGGUCGUUGAUAACAGUUCGGCAUUUCCGAUGGAUGAGAAGGUGCCGCUUGUGAUGCCAGAGGUGAAUCCGGAUGCCAUGUCCGCCACGCCUCUGCAUCGCCAUGCCAAGGUAUUACGAAUGGUUUUUAGCACAUAUCAGGCAGCUAGUGGUGCUGGUGCUGCUGCAAUGGAAGAGCUUGUACAACAAACUGGUGAGGUUCUGGAAGGGAAACAACCAACUUGUAACAUUUUUAAGAGACAGUAUGCUUUCAAUCUGUUCUCACAUAAUGCCCCUAUUAUCUCAAAUGGGUAUAAUGAGGAGGAAAUGAAGUUAGCGAAGGAGACAAGAAAAAUUUGGAAUGACCCCAAUGUCAAGGUGACUGCCACUUGCAUACGAGUUCCCGUGAUGCGUGCGCAUGCUGAGAGUAUAAAUCUCCAGUUUGAGAAACCACUUGAUGAGGACACAGCUAUGGAUAUUUUGAAGAGAGCUGCUGGUGUAGUUGUUAUUGAUGAUCGGGCGUCCAAUCACUUCCCUACUCCUUUGGAGGUGUCAAGCAAAGACAAUGUUGCAGUUGGCAGAAUACGCCAUGAUUUGUAUCAAGAUGGAAAUCGUUGUUGGACAUCUUUGUUUGUGGUGAUCAGAUACACAAGGGAGCUGUUCUUAAUGCAAUUCAAAUUGCAGAGAUGCUGCUCUAGUUUUGAUAUGGUUCUGAAAUGAAGCCUCCAUCAGAGAUGUUUCUUCUCAGAUGUGAAUACAUCCUUAUGGCUAGAUAAGGCAAUUUUGGAUGAUUUAUGAUGUAUUAUCCUGAAACAAAGUUGAUAUUAUUUAUUUUUUCUUAGAUUUAGUUAUGUAAUUUACGAGUUACUAAUUAAUGCCAAAUGUGAGGUUUGAAGAGGACACUUAGAACAAUUUUUCCAUGAUCAAGUCAAUGCAUCUUAUUGUUUUGUGCUUCAUCUUAUUGGUGUAUCCUCAGUUCAUAGCAUUUCUGUUUCUUUUCCAGAUCAUUCAUCUUUUUUCUUUUUCUUCAAAGCUUGAAAGUCAUUGUUCUUCUACUCCAACAAAAGCCCCCACCAACUGAAAAAAAAUAAAAUCAU